AUGAUGAUGAUCCCUUCCAUACUUUCAUUGGGUUUGAUUGCUGCUACCACGACAGCUACGGCGAUCCACAAUGAUGUCGAUCCACCACCACCAUUAUUGCGCCUACCCUUGAUGCGUAAAUCAGCAGCACCCUUAGCACAGCAGCAACAAUUUGACAAGAGGGAUCCUUUUACCACCUCCUUGUACAACGACCAAGGAUCACAAUAUUUGGUAUCUGUAGGGAUUGGCACACCACCACAAAAUUUUACAGUGACCCUUGACACGGGAAGUGCUGAUCUAUGGGUGCCAUCCAGCCAAUGUCCUCGACGUGAAUGUCCAUUUGGAGGUUUCAAAGAAUCCGAGUCAUCCACGUUCAAUGAUCAUCAUGAGCGAUUUGGCAUCCAAUAUGGCAUAGGUAGUGUGAAUGGCACUUAUGCAACUGAUACAGUGACUGUAGCAGGUGCCAGUGUUCCCAAUCAGCAAUUUGGACUUGCCACGACCACCGAAAGCAUCCUGACAGCAACCAACAAUCAAUCCACCGUAAAGGCCAAUGGUAUUUUGGGACUUGGCUAUCCACAAUUGACGGCUGCACAGAAUCAAAAUGAAAAGAAUUACAAUCCCUUUGUAUUCAACUUGGCCAAGAACAAGAUUAUUCAAGAUCCCGUGUUUUCAGUGUACAUGAAUCGUGGUGAUCAACAAGGAUGGGCUGGGGAGAUUAUUUUUGGUGGUGUUGACAAGAGCAAAUAUACCGGCGAUUUGCAUUACCUCCCCGUAGCCCAACUUACAUCCAGUUUAUCACCCUCCAGCAAUGGCUAUUAUUAUUGGAUGGUGUAUGGUCAAGCCAUUGCCGUCAAGAAUACGCCUGGAGACAAUGACAAGACAUACAACUUGGGUCGACAAUCAUCCUCCAUCUUUGGGAGCGGCGAUGAUGAUUUUGGAUUUAUGCAGCAGCUUCGAGGACAACACACAAAACGACAAACAUCCUCCACGUCUUCAGCAGCAGCUUUUAUUCUUGAUACUGGCACUACAUUAACCUAUCUUCCUACACGCAUGGCGCUUGAUGUCGCCAGCCGCAUCGCGGGUGGCUCCGAUGGCUUCAAAUUGGAUCGUCAAUCGGGUGUCUUGCUGGUGGAUUGCUCUGUUGCUCAAUCGUCAGCCAAUGUCGAAUUGCACAUGUCCCAAACUUCAGAACCUUCAAGUUCACCCGUGGUGCUCAGUGUCCCAGCUUCAGCAUUGGUCAUUCCUCUCGAUACGAAUUCACCUCAAAACGCAUCCGCUUGUAUGCUUGGCAUUGCUCCUCUUGGCAGCUCAAGUGGCAGCAGCGGUGUGGGCUCCAGCAUGUUGCUUGUGGGUGAUUCGAUGCUUCGUAGUGCUUACCUUGUAUUUGACAUGGGCCAAAAUCGAGUGGGUAUUGCAGCUGCUAAUGGUGUGCAAGGAAGCGUCAAUGGCGUCUCUGGCAGUGAUAACAGCAACACGGGCAACGGCAAUGAUGAUGGUAAUGGUGGUGGUGGUUCAUCAACAUCAUCGUCAUCCUCUUCUUCCUCGUCAAACAACUUGGAAUCAUUGGCAACCCAAUCCAUUCUCCAGUUCUCUCGUCAUUUGCUACUAUUCGUUACUUGCUUUAUCGUUUCGUUCACCCAUUCUCUGUAA